GAGGGUUUGGCGGGAUUUCUGAAAGCCGCGGGCCGAUCGCGCGCUGCGGUCGGUACUGAGGCCUGAGAAGAGCUGAGGCGCGCCCAAAGGUGCGUAAUUGGGAGCCUCACCUCGUCUGGCUUGUACGCCGAAGGCUUAGGCAAAGGAGUAGAGAAGUGCGGCGCAAGUGAGGGGCGGGGGGCCGUCCGGAGUUGCCCGCUCGCUAGGCCAGCUGACGGAAGUCGGAGCGCACGGCCCACCAGAGCGAGCAGAGUGAGUUCUUUUCAAGCAGAGCAAUCGUAACGCUUUUAUAAUAACCUGACUUUAGUAUAGAAAACUCUGCAUAAUGGCUAUGCAGAUGCAACUUGAAGCAAAUGCAGAUACUUCAGUGGAAGAAGAAAGCUUUGGCCCACAACCUAUUUCACGGUUAGAGCAAUGUGGCAUAAAUGCCAAUGAUGUGAAGAAAUUGGAAGAAGCUGGAUUCCAUACUGUUGAGGCUGUUGCCUAUGCACCAAAGAAGGAGCUAAUAAAUAUUAAAGGGAUUAGUGAAGCCAAAGCUGAUAAAAUUCUGACAGAGGCAGCUAAAUUAGUUCCAAUGGGUUUCACUACUGCAACUGAAUUCCACCAAAGGCGGUCAGAGAUCAUACAGAUUACUACUGGCUCCAAAGAGCUUGACAAACUACUUCAAGGUGGAAUUGAGACUGGAUCCAUCACGGAGAUGUUUGGAGAAUUUCGAACUGGGAAGACCCAGAUCUGUCAUACGCUGGCUGUUACAUGUCAGCUUCCUAUUGACCGGGGUGGAGGUGAAGGAAAGGCCAUGUACAUUGACACCGAGGGUACCUUUAGGCCAGAACGGCUGCUGGCAGUGGCUGAGAGAUAUGGCCUCUCUGGCAGUGAUGUCCUGGAUAAUGUAGCAUAUGCUCGAGGGUUCAACACAGACCACCAGACGCAGCUCCUUUAUCAAGCAUCAGCCAUGAUGGUGGAGUCCAGGUAUGCUCUGCUCAUUGUAGACAGUGCCACGGCCCUCUACAGGACAGACUACUCUGGCCGAGGUGAACUCUCAGCCCGGCAGAUGCACCUGGCCAGGUUUCUGCGGAUGCUUCUGCGGCUUGCUGACGAGUUUGGUGUAGCAGUGGUAAUCACUAACCAGGUGGUAGCCCAAGUGGAUGGAGCAGCCAUGUUUGCUGCAGAUCCCAAGAAACCUAUUGGAGGAAACAUCAUUGCCCAUGCCUCGACAACCAGACUGUACCUGAGGAAAGGAAGAGGAGAAACCAGAAUCUGCAAAAUCUAUGACUCUCCCUGUCUUCCCGAGGCUGAAGCCAUGUUUGCCAUCAAUGCAGAUGGAGUGGGAGACGCCAAAGACUGAAUCAUUGGCUUCUUCCUGUUGUACCUUACGUGCUGCAGCCUCAUGGAGAGGACUGUUCCCUGGGGUUCUUCACGGCCUUUCCUGCUGGGACUGCCAGGAAAAGGCUUCCGGGAAAACAGCGAUUGUGUCGGCUUUUCUGAGGGGUAAACAGGAUACAGGUCAGUAGUCACAAACUGAUCUGACAUGUUUAUCCCUUCUGGGGUAUAUUAAUCUCUGUGAUUUCUUUGGUUUUUGGAAGGGAGAUAUGGAUACUUUGAUAUCGUGCCUUGGAGUUGACCCUGGCCUAACAGCUGCCUACUGGACAGUCUAAUGUUUUCAGGAGAACUAAAGCUGGGGAGACCCAACCCUUCCUUCUCAGAAUAACGGUGAAAUCAAACGCCUGAGCUGUGUGGCAAGGGAAUGGGUCUCCUCACAGGUUCUUUUCCUCUGUCCAUAGAACUCUCCGCUGUCGAUUACAAGCAGGUGUUUUCAGUUUGUCUGUCUGGACUGGUUUUGGUUAAGGAGUCCUGAGCAGGCUGGGCUGCCAGCCCUUCA